AUGUUCCCGAAUAACAGCAGUCCAAAACGGCCCGAACCUGACAAACCACACCCAGUAGACGAACCGGAGCCGGAACACCUGCAGGUACUAUCGGCCAGCUUCGGUCACACAGCAUUCCGUCCGAUGCAAUGGUGCAUUAUCCGCUCCAUCAUUGUCCAGCGCCGCGAUAAUUGUGCCAUAAUGGCAACGGGGUACGGAAAAUCGCUCAUAUACCAAUUCCCUUCCGUGUUUCUGAACCGUCUUACAUUCGUCGUGUCACCGCUGAUCAGCUUGAUGCAGGAUCAAGUGCUGUCUCUCAACCUGUGCAACAUUCCCGCCUGUCUGCUCGGAACAGCACAGCGUCAAAAUCCGGUACCGGACAUUAAGGCUGGCCAGUUUCGUCUCGUGUAUCUUACACCCGAGUACAUAACGUCCGAUUCCGGGCAAACGCUAUUGAAAGCGGUUCACUCUCAACUCGCACUAAUUGCCAUCGACGAGGCGCACUGUUUGAGCAAAUGGGGGCACGACUUCCGACCCGCAUAUCGUAACCUAGGUCAGAUUCGUGAGAUCUGUCCAAAGGUGCCAAUACUAGCCGUUACAGCAACGGCCACACAGAAAGUGCGGGACGACAUCGUACAGUGUUUGAAGCUGGCCAAUCCCCAAAUCCUCUGCACCGGGUUCGAUCGACCGAAUCUCGAGUUCAUCGUGAGACCUAAAGGUAGUUUAGGACCACUGCAUGACAUACGACCCCUGCUGGGAGAGAAUCGCGAAGGAAGCACCAUCAUCUACUGCUUGACGCGUAAACAAACGGAUGAAAUCGUUGCGCUCCUGCGUGAAAAGCGCAUCCAGUGCGAAGCGUACCACGGUGGCAUAUCACUAACGCAACGGAAACAAGUGCUGGAAAGUUUUGUUAGCGAUCAUGUGCGCAUUAUCGUGGCAACGAUCGCGUUCGGCAUGGGCAUCGAUAAGCCGGACGUUCGGCUGGUCAUACACUACGGUGCAUCGAAGGAUUUGGAAAGCUACUACCAGGAGGCUGGCCGUGCCGGUCGCGAUGGUCAACCGGCCCGGUGCAUUAUGUUCUGGAGUCAGAGCGAUUUCAAAACGCACGAAAUUUUGCGAGCCGAAAGCUCAAGUUCGUCACGAAAGAACCAGGAGCAGCUUGCACGCAAGAUGGCCGAGUACGUGGAGCUGCGUGACUGUAGGCGCCGGUUCGUGCUGAACUAUUUCGAAGGCGUACUGACACAGGUGAACAAGGCGGAGGAGAAGGUAACGGCGGUGAAACGAUGCUGUGAUAACUGUACCCGGGGCGGUGUAGCCAAAGAUUGCGAACGGUACGAAGGUCUCGAUGCUGAAGGUCGGUACAACUUUGCGACCGAAGCCGAAAUGCUGCUGGGUGCGAUUGGUGCGUUUCACAGUGGGGUUGGUCUUACCAUGCCCAUCUUGCUACUGCGAGGCUCCCGGAAUAAGAAACUUCACGAACGGUUUUACAACCACCCACUGUUCGGGAAGGGCAAGGACAAGGACGAAGAAUGGUGGAAGUCGCUAGGAUCGCUGCUCGAGCGGGAAGGCUAUCUGAGCAAGGUUAAGGUGGCAAACAACUACAACAAGUUCGCCCAGAUAGUUUAUCACCAACUAACCACCACCGGCCAACGUUGGCUCAACGGGAACGGGAAAGAUCGCCAACUGCUAAUGAAACCAACGACGACCAUGUUCAAAUCGCUGAAGGUUAUAAAACCUGCUUCACUGUACGAGAAAUCACCACUCCCGGUAGUACGCACCAGCAAGCAGGAUCUUACGCACGAACUCGUCAAAACGCUGCUCAAGAAACGUGCCGAGUUGGCGACCACGUUCGAGUGUAUGCCGUACAUGAUCGCGUCGAAUGCGGCCCUCCAUCAGUUGGCCACCCGGAAACCGUUGAACCUGCAGGAGAUGAAAGACGCUCAGCUGGAUGGAUUUUCCGACGCGAAGCUGCAAAAGUUUGGACGAGAGUUUUUGGUUUGCAUACAGCAGCAACUUAGUUUACUGCCGGAACCCUCCGCCACCAAGCUUCCGGAUGCACGCCACGAACAUCUUACGGCAACGAAAACAACUAGCUUUACGAUGUUUAGGAAUGAAAAGAAAUCGAUCGCCGAUAUUGCCACCGUACGAAACCUAAAGGAAAGUACCAUAAUUGAGCAUCUGUGUGAGGCUAUUCGGGUCGGGCUACCGUUCGAGCAGCGGGAUCUUAUCCGGUUAGGUGUUGCGCCGGAUGUACAUGCAGCAAUAGCAGCCCGUCUACCAACGAACUUACAAGAGUCGUCUACGCUUACGUCCAUUAAAGAAAGAUGCCCGCCAGAGAUUACGUUCAAUCAGCUGAAGGUUGUUCUUGCCUGGGAAAAGCAAAAACGAUCCAAUCGCCAGGAUGAAGGACACCCCCAAACGAACGAUCGCGAUCCGAAAUGUAAGGAUACAGAACCCGACAAAGUUUCUCUAAACAAUAUGCUGUCCGAUGACGAUGAUGAUUUAUUGAUGACCGAGCAGGCUGUGGCAAACGUUCCAACAAGUUCCACCGAAACGCGAAAGGCUGCCAACAGUGCCAUCGAUGAUAUGCUUAACGAUGACGAUGACGAUAUGCUUGACUUUGGCGAACUGGAUCGCCUCGAAGCGUCGAUUGUAGGUGAGGAGGACGUUUCAAUCGUACCGUCACCACCGUCAGACCUAACACCACCGAACGCAGUACAGACGGAACCGGCUCUCGAAACGAUCGUCCCGGUGCAGUCCCGGAUCGAACCGAACGUGCUGAAACCUCCGGCCAAUAGGCGUGUUGUAAAUUUAAAACGUAUUAUGUACGAAGAUGAUGAAGACGACAGCGAUAAAGAGGAUAAGGACGUUAAUCAUUUGUUUACCUACCGAGUACCGAAACGGAAGGCAUGA